GUAUGGACUGGAGAGCUGUGUUCACAGCCUUGGAGGCAGUGUGUGAGGAAAACAUCACAGCUCUGUCUGGGCCUACCGACUUGCUGUACAGUAACGCUUCCGGGCGCUUGGUGACCUGCAUGAGAAAGAUUCAGGAACAUGGCCAUGCCCUCGAACCCGUGGUUGCUGGUUUUACUGCAGUCUACCACCACUAUGACUUUGACACAGAGACCCCUGGGAAUGGGUAUCGCACACUGGUAAAGGUAAGCUAUAAUAACAUACCUUUUCUACUAACUUCACUGCCCAGAAUUAUGAUGUCAGUAGUCUAGAAGAAGUAUCACGUCGUGUGAUUGUCAAGAGACUGAGACAAUCACACAGUCAAAAGACUGAGCAAGCUAGCAACAGAGGGAUAAUACAAGGAAGGUGAGAUGGAGCAUCUUGGAUUACUAAUAUAAUGCAAAACUAGAAAUAUAUUCAUUUUAUUCACAAUACCAGCUGACAAAAAAGCAUCCCAUCUCAUCUCUCAGGUGCUGCAGUCUUGCCUUUUGCACAUCAUCCACAAGGGCCGCUACAUUGCCUCUAACUGCCACAGGGCCUUCUUCAGGGCCAACCACAAUGCCUCAGAGAUGGAAGCCUACUGCAGUGCCCUGUGUCAGCUGCGGGCCCUCCUCUACCUCGCUCAGCGUCUGCUCCACGACAAUGGUCACGGGCAGCUGUACUCCCUGCAGGAUGGAGAGCUGAGCAGGAGGUUUGUGAGGGAGUACACCUCCAUGCACAAGGCCUGCUUCUAUGGCCGCUGCCUGGGCUUUCAGGUCAGUCAUCACCACUUGUUGACUUUGUGGGAGGAGUGGCGCAUUGAAUUCAAUAUAAUGUUGAUAAGAUAUAAUUUAGCAAUUGGUCAUUGUGAACGCUGGACUAAGCUUUUCAUGACUUGGGAAUAUACUGAUGGUGGAUGAUACUGUAGCCUCGUCGAGAACCAGGCUUCCCUGACAAUAACGUUUUUGGAGGUAUGGCUACGCGAGACUAAUGAUACUGAAAUCCUAAUUUUCCCUCCGUCUCCCCAGUUCUCGCCUACCCUUCGUCCGUUCCUGCAGACAGUUGUCAUAAGCAUGGUCUCAUUCGGAGAGAGCUACGGAAAACAACAGUCUGGGUUAGGUCAGUCUCUGUAAAUGUCUGUGAAUUCUUUGGGCUGUAAGAACUUGUAAAAACGAUAUAUAUUUUAGUUUAGUGGAGUACAGGCUUACCUGAAUAAACAACACAGACUGAAUGCAAUAUUACAUUUUAUUAAGUCGUUUGAGGAAUGGCCUCGUCUCUGAGGGAAGAUCCUUGAGCCAGAUGAUGUGAUUUCCCCGCUGGGGAAAGGAGUUCUAAUGACGGGCCGUUAUUAUAGCUGGUGUUAGUGGGGAGAUGGAGGGUUGUCGGUAACUUUUUCUAUAAUACAGCAAGUAAGAGAACACGGCUAAGUUUGACAUAUAAAUGCAUCCCAAGAUGUAUGCCUAUUGGUUGAGAGAGAGAGGAAGGUGAUAAUUGCAGAAGUAGGUUAAACAGCAAGCGUGAGGAAUGUGCAUUAUUGUGCUUAUACACGGUAAAUGGGUGAAUGACAUUCCACACAUGGCUAAUAAGAAAGAGGAGAAGAAACGAGAUGCUAUGCUGAUGAUGAUAUGUUUGUAUUAAUUCCCACCAUGCCCGUAGAAUAGGAAACAAAAGUGAAUUAUUUUAUGCAUACUGGAUGAAGUUAAACAAACAUUCAGAACAGCCUUCCUGAUUGAACUUUCGUAAUAGAACUUAUCUCAAUCAACCUGACUGACUAUCUACUUAGUAGGGCCUUUUGUAAGAUUUGUGGUUAUCCUUUGACAUUUUUAAAAGGUAGUGCAUAGUAUGCACUGCCAAACAGACUUUGCAUUCACUCUCCAUUUCCCUCAGGUAUGGCAGCUUUCUCCUUCCUUACCUCUGGGAAGUAUGUCAUUGAUCCAGAGCUGAGGGGAGCAGAGUUUGAGCGGAUCACCCAGAAUCUGGACAUGAAGUUCUGGAAGUCUUUCUGGAACCUCACAGAAUCAGAUCUUCUAUCGGUGAGGGGAGAAGGGUGUCGACUAGCAAUAUGAUAUUGUAUGCAAAUAAGGAUGUCUUGCAUCUUGCAGUCUCUCCGGGUCUCUGUGUCUGUUUCCCCUACUUACUCAGUCUCUUUUCUUGCUCUUCCCAUCUUUCUGUUGGUUUGAUUGCUUUUAAGACCGUUUACAACAUCCUCUUCAUCAUUUUAUCCCUCCCUCCCACAGGGCUUGGCCAGUAUAGCCUCUAACCUAGUGCAGCUGAACAUCACCCUGACCAUACCUCCUAAACCACUGCGCCUCCCCCUGGCCUCAGACCCCCGUCUCUUUGCCCCUGUGUCCCCUCCGGUGGCCCACUGGGGCCCUGGACCUGUCAACAUGCGGCUCAUCUCCUAUGAGCUUCGAGAAGGACAGGUGAGCUCUCAGCUGUAACCUCAGUGGUUACUAUGUGAUGUUUUUAUCACAGUUCUGCACUGUUUAAUCAUGUUAGUGUAAAAAGGUUCAGUUAUGAUGCAAACAUCUCUCUCUCUUUCUUCCUUCAGGACAGUGAAGAGCUGCUGUCUUUCUCUCGUACAGAAGCUACCCCCAUCUCCCUGUCUUUGGUGCCAUUUGGUGCCCAGAAGCACCCUCCCUCCCCCUGGCUGCUGAUCCACUUCCAUGGAGGAGGCUUCGUGGCCCAGACCUCGAAAUCCCAUGAGGUAUGGUAGGCCAGGGAUAGUGGUGUGAUGCCUGCAAUUACUUAAGCUAGUCACUCACCUUAGUCUCUCAGUAAUCAAGUUAAGUGGGGCUUAGCACUUACCAUGAAGUCUACUUUCCUCUCUUUUAACACUUCUGUUUAAUUUUCCUGUCACAUCUCCAUUUUCUCUCUCCAUUUGUCCUCCAUUCUCACUCUAUCUUCCAGAACUAUCUGAAGAGCUGGUCCAAGGAUCUAAAUGUCCCCAUCCUGUCUGUGGAUUACUCCCUGGCCCCUGAGGCCCCCUUCCCCAGAGCCCUGGAGGAGUGCUUCUACGCCUACUGUUGGGCCCUCAAGAACUGCCAUCUUCUGGGUCGGUGUCGUUACUAAUGUGUUAGAGUUUAGAACCAAAUAAAAGGGUUCUUACCUAGACAGAGGACCUGCCGGUCAAUAUUAUUAGUAAUCUGUUAUUGCAGUAUUAUAACAACCGCCUGUAUCAGACCAGCUGGUACUGAUUGCUCUGUCCCUCUGCCCCAGGCUCCACGGCUGAGCGUGUGUGUCUGGCUGGGGACAGUGCUGGGGGGAACCUCUGCAUCACCGUGUCUAUGAGGGCCAUGGCCUGCGGUGUGCGUGUCCCAGAUGGUAUUAUGGCUGCCUACCCAGCUACCCUGCUCACCACUGACGCCUCGCCCUCCCGUCUGCUCACCCUCAUUGACCCACUGCUGCCAUUAGGAGUGCUCUCCAAGUGCCUCAACGCCUACGCUGGUAAGGAAGGAAGGAAGGAUGUGAAAGGGAUGAGGGUAUUAGGCAAAGCUUAUGGAAAUUAGAGUUAAGGGGCAAAGAAUGUCUCAGCAUUAAGAGUGAUGUUUUUGUGUGUAGGUCUUAAAUAACUGCAUUUUCCGUCCUCCUUUUUUUCCCCAAUUACCUCUUCUUCCUCUUUUCCACUUUCUCUCCAGGUGUAGACUCUCAGGUGGUACAGCCCACAGAGGGGACCAGCACGUUAAGUGCUCUAGGUAGAGAUACAGCCUUGCUGAUCAGUGACCUCACACAGGGGGCGUCCAAUUGGAUCCAGUCAUUCCUUCCUGCAGAGGUCCUAGGGUCACUGUCAUCGUCACACCAUAGAUCCCUCGACAACGAGGCCCACUACAGAUCAACGUCACCCUGUUCCUCCUCAUCCAACUACUCCUCAGGUCCUAGGGACUACCCAGAAGGUUUUGAGCCCCUGCGCUCUGAGCGCCUGUCUGUGAUCCAGACGCCUAGCUGUCCCAUUGUCAAGAACCCGUUUGUGUCACCGCUUCUAUCCCCUGUCGACCUACUGAGAGGACUACCGCCUGUACACUUAGUGGUGAGAGGGGGGAUGAGGGAUGGAGGGAAUGGAUGGGUAAAGGGAGAGUGUGUGUGUGUGUAAAGGAGUGGUUGUGGUGGAGUCGAUGCAUUUGGAAAAACUGGUGUGGAGGUUGAGAGCGAUGGAAAAGCCAAGAAAGCAAAAGAAUAUCAGACCUGCCAAACUGCACUCAUUUUGCGGACCAUGCACGCAAUUUGAGGUCAAAGUUCGCAGGUACAAAAAACGACCCUAAAAUAUGCAGAAAUAGGCUUCUAGUUGGAACAUUGUGGUUUUUGACUCAACCGUCUGAAGUUGGAGCUGAGCCAAUCAGAGGACUUGGGCGAUGAGAAAAAAUCACCCCCCCCCCCCCCCCCCCCCAGAGAGAGCUGUUCCACUAAUACCCCCCUUCACAGAAAGACUUUUAUAGAUUAGUAGGCCUAUGUUAAUUAAUCAGUUCUUGAUCUGUCCUCUCAUCUUGAUAUACAGUUGAAGUCGGAAGUUUACAUACACCUUAGCCAAAUACAUUUAAACUCAGUUUUUCACAAUUCCUGACAUUUAAUCCUAGUAAAAAUGCCCUGUCUUAGGUCAGUUAGGAUCACCACUUUAUUUUAAGAAUGUGAAAUGUCAGAAUAAUAGUAGAGAGAAUGAUUUAUUUCAGCUUUUAUUUCUUUCAUCACAUUCCCAGUGGGUCAGAAGUUUACAUACACUCAAUUAGUAUUUGGUAGCAUUGCUUUUAAAUUGUUUAACUUGGGUAAAACGUUUCGGGUAGCCUUCCACAAGCUUGCCACAAUAAGUUGGGUGAAUUUUGGCCCAUUCCUCCUGACAGAUCUGGUGUAACUGAGUCAGGUUUGUAGGCCUCCUUGCUCGCACACGCAUUUUCAGUUCUGCCCACAAAUGUUCUAUAGGAUUGAGGUCAGGGCUUUGUGAUGGCCACUCCAAUACCUUGACUUUGUUGUCCUUAAGCAAUUUUGCCACAACUUUGGAAGUAUGCUUGGGGUCAUUGUCCAUUUGGAAGACCCAUUUGCGACCAAGCUUUAACUUCCUGACUGAUGUCUUGAGAUGUUGCUUCAAUAUAUCCACAUCAUUUUCCUUCCUCAUGAUGCCAUCUAUUUUGUGAAGUGCACCAGUCCCUCCUGCAGCAAAGCACCCCCACAGCAUGAUGCUGCCACCCCCGUGCUUCACGGUUGGAAUGGUGUAUUUCAGCUUGCAAGCCGACCCCCUUUUUCCUCCAAACAUAACGAUGGUCAUUAUGGGCAAACAGUUCUAUUUUUGUUUCAUCAGACCAGAGGACAUUUCUCCAAAAAGUACGAUCUUUGUCCCCAUGUGGAGUUGCAAACCGUAGUCUGGCUUUUUUAUGGCGGUUUUGGAGCAGUGGCUUCUUCCUUGCUGAGCGGCCUUUCAGGUUAUGUCGAUAUAGGACUCGUUUUACUGUGGAUAUAGAUACUUUUGUACCUGUUUCCUCCAGCAUCUUCACAAGGUCCUUUGCUGUUGUUCUGGGAUUGAUUUGCACUUUUCGCACCAAAGUACGUUCAUCUCUAGGAGACAGAACGCGUCUCCUUCCUGAGCGGUAUGACGGCUGCGUGGUCCCAUGGUGUUUAUACUUGCGUACUAUUGUUUUCUGGAAUUUUCCAAGCUGUUUAAAGGCACAGUCAACUUAGUGUAUGUAAACUUCUGACCCACUGGAAUUGUGAUACAGACAAUUAUAAGUGAAAUAAUCUGUCUGUAAACAAUUGUUGGAAAAAUUACUUUUGUCAUGCACAAAGUAGAUGUCCUAACCGACUUGCCAAAACGAUACUUUGUUAACAAGAAAUGUGUGGAGUGGUUGAAAAACGAGUUUUAAUGACUCCAAUCUAACUGUAUGUAAACUUCCGACUUCAAUUGUAGCUAAAUGUCAACAAACAGUUGGCUGCUAAUGAUAGUAAUAGUCAGUUCACCAAUGACAACAAGGCAUGUUGAAUGAAUGCUAGCCUAGUAGUCAGACCUAACUUGAUGGAUUAGGUCAGAGAUGGAGAUCUGAAACAAGCUCAUAUAGGCCUAGUUCAGUUGUUUCAUAUUCCAAAUAGCUUACAGUAAUCUAGACUACUACAUUGCAUCCAGUAAUUGAAUAAUUCCGAAUCUUCUCCCCAAACAAAAUUAAAAAGCUAGUUUACAUUUUCACUAGACUAUUCACAUAAAGACGCCUAUUAAUUAGAAUAAUCAUUUCCCCAAAAUGAAAGUGUCAUUGAGACAAUCAACAUUUUAUUUAGGAUCAAACUUGCCUACAUUGAUUGAUAUCAUUUAAGACUCUAGGUUUCAAUAAAUGGCAGUUACAGGUAAAAAAAAAAAGCUAAAUGCCACCUACAAUCAACACCACCUUGUCAGAAAAUCUUAGGGAGAGCCCUGGGCAAUGUUCCCUCUAAGCUGCGCAUGAGAACCUUUUCCCAGGGAGGUUACACUAUCAAUGUUUCCCUCUACUGUGGGAAUUAUGAUCAAAUCAGCAUAAUAUUAGUCCCUUUUAAUGCAACAUACCGAAACAAAUCUAACUAUGCAAGAUUUACCAGUAGUCUGAUUUUGUUUUAGGCAGAGCGCAUCGGAAGGAGGACUCCAUGCAAUGACAGGCACGAGCGGUGGAGAGUAGAUGCGCGUGUGCAUAUUUGUUCAUAUUCUUUGCUAGUUAGUGAGUUAUUAGCCCAAUUAUAGCAUAUUUCUGGUCAGCAAUGGGGGAGUGAUUGCUUCCUACAAGAGCACAAAACGUUUAGGCCUACAUUUCUAGCCAUUUUGAAUAAGCGAAGAAGCCAAUAGGCAGAGGGUAGCAUACAUUUUUGACUGAUUCUCUGUCAUAAUAAUGGUAUGGGAAUAAUAACAAUAAUAAUAAUAAUAAUAAUGUUGUAUUGCAUCAAACAACACAAUACAACAGCAUUUUCAGCCUCUGUCUGAAGGACAAGUGGCUAAAGGGGUUAUAUCAAGCCCUGCAUAAUGUUUUUAGAAGUCUACAUUGAACACCACACAUUGGCUUCUACUGUAGGCAGUAUCAUAGGUAUAACAGCUAUUUUAUUAGCUAUUUCCAUGUUAAAAUGUUAUGGGAUGUAUUUUCAAUUUUUUUAAAUGGUAGGCCACUGUUAAAACUAUAACUUAAAAGGUGUUCACAGUAAACAGUGUGCACAGUAAACGUGUGCUGGAAGUUGCACAGAUUUUUCACAACGUUCAAGUUUUCACUCAGCAGACCUGAAAUUUGCUCAGUGAUGAAAACAUUGAGGGAACAUUGGCCCUGGGGUGUAUUCAUUUUGCCGAUCUGUUGCAAAACGUUUCUUAAACAUUAAACGGAAGCAAACAGAAAGAAACAGGGAGGGACUUUCCUGAAUUUGUCCAAUAGAAACUCUAGUUUUAACUGUUUGGACUAAUGAUUACGUCCCUGAUUGUACAUUUAAACAUAUUUCUAGUUAGCUACUGAAGAGCAGCCAAUUGCCAAGUACCCACAACAGUCUAUAGCCUACCAUUCCUACUGAGGCAGUCUUUUGCCAACAGCAUUAUUAGGUAAAAAAAGGUGCAUUUGUCUAUGAUUUGAGCAGUGUGGGUGUCGCACGCGUGCUGUCGUGGGGGCCGGGGGUUCCGCCACCGCACUGAAGUAGUACUCAUAAAAAUCUGCAGUGGGUCUAUUUUGUCAUUGUUCACUGGUCUCUCUAACACUCCACGAUUGAUGGUCUUUCCACUUUAAGGGCCAAUCGGGAGUUCAAAUAAUAAGCGAUCACCCCGCCACUUGUUUUGGUAAACAGCUGAGGGAUGGGGCUUGAGAAAUAUAGGUAUAACCACCGAGCUAUAGAUGCAAGGACUGACCAUCCAUGAGAUCAAAAUGAUACUUUUAACCAUGUUUUGAAGCUAUACAGUUUGUUUACAUUAACAUUGGCGUAAAACAAGCUUAUAUUUUGGGUUUGGAGGGGUAUACUACAAAGCAAGAUCAAUAACUUUUUACUUUUUAGAAAGAUAAGCUUGAAAUGGGCAUAGUCUAAUUGCCUCAACAAUCCAAAACACAAAUCUAAGUUUUUUCUUAAUUAAGCAAAAAAUCAAUAGUUAUUUCUGGUUGUUUAUCCAAACAGGGAAGCAUACCCCCUUCCCUGUUUGACUGCUAGGUUUUAUGGGUAUUAUGACACCUGCACUGUGGGGCUCUAUAGACCCCUUUCUGUGUUUGCAAACAUUACUGCAUUAAAAAAAACAUUUUUAGUAAUUUAGUAGAUGCUCUUAUCCAGAGCGACUUACAGUUAGUGAGUGCAUACAUUAUUUUAAAUUUUUUUCAUACUGGCCCCCCGUGGGAAUCGAACCCACAACCCUGGCGUUGCAAACGCCAUGCUCUACCAACUGAGCUACAUCCCUGCCGGCCAUUCCCUCCCCUACCCUACCCUGGACGACGCUGGGCCAAUUGUGCGCUGCCCUAUGGGUCUCCCGGUCGCGGCUGGCUACGACAGAGCCUGGAUUCAAACCAGGAUCUCUAGUGGCCACUCGGAGGAGUGGCGAAGCAUGCCAUAUUGGUUGCAGAACAUGGGAGUUCUCAUAAACCGCCAACAAAACAAGCCUCUAUUUACAUGUUGCUUAUGAGUGCAUUUGACACUACUUUUGGAUUAUAAUUUGGAUUUUAAGGCUUGUAUGAAUAUCCUGCUUAAUAUAAUAUUUGUCAUCGUCGCAAAUCAACUGCAUUAUACUUAAAAAACACUUCCAACUUCAGCAUUUUGGCUAGAGCUCUUAUGUCAAUGAGCGUUGGCAUUCUAGCUAUCAACUGCUGCAUCCAAAAUAAGUAUUUUGCAAAGAUCACAACCAAAUAUAUUCUUAGCGACUGUUCAAGCAAUAAUCAAAACAACAUUGUAAGCGUAUGAAAAAAGUUUUUUUGUUUAGAAGUAAUAACUGCAGAAAUCUAGGCUAUGUUGAAUGGACGCAGAUGGCGAUGGGGGUCAUUCUGCCUCCAAAAAUCGUGUGCAUUCCAUGCCUGACGUCAGUGUGUCGUGUACUGAAAAGGGGCCUACAUAUCAUUAAUUUAACAGUCCAGAAAUGGAGGAAGCAUAUCCAGAUUGGCCCCUUUUUAGAUCUCUGAGUUUUCUGUCAUUCUUACUCCCCUGUCUGUCCCCAUAGGCCUCUGCACUGGAUGCCUUGUUGGAUGACUCUGUGAUGUUCGCCAAGAAACUGCGGGAUAUGGGCCAACCAGUGACCCUGAGGGUGGUGGAGGACCUACCACAUGGCUUCCUCAGCCUAUCGGGGCUUGCUAAGGAGACACAGGUGGCCUCAGACAUCUGUGUAGAGCGAAUCAGAGAGGUCUUCCAGCAGCAAAUCCCACCUUCCUGUACUCACAAGCGACCAAAGUUGGAAAGGACCAAUCAUGGGGCUGGCCCAUCAAAU